GUGCCUUGUGCCCUUUUGCUGGCUGCAGGGAGAGACAGGAAGGAAGGAACGCCCUGUGAGCAGAUUCGGAGGAAGGCAAGGUCCCAAAGCAGUUGCAGGGACUCAACGGUCUGUGUAGAGAGAGAGAAAGCCAGGAGCAGAGAUGGAGGCCAAAGGCUGAAGAGCACAAGAAGGUGAUACUUACGUUUGGAAAUACUUCAGAGGGAGGCGAACAUGAAGCGGGCAGGGGAAUCAGAAGUGCGGAUCGUCCUCCUUGGCAAAUCCGGAGUUGGAAAGAGCGCCACAGGGAACGCCAUUCUUGGCCGGAGGGAGUUUGAGUCUCGGCUUCAGGCGAGGACCACGACCGUGGCCUCCCAGCGGCGCCAUGGGAAGUGGAAGGACCUGGCUGUUUCUGUGGUGGACACGGCAGACGUCUGCGACCCAAAAGUCCCCAGCGAAGAACUGGAACCCAGGGUCCGGCACACCAUCGCCCUCGCCAGGCCCGGUCCCCAUGCACUCCUGUUCGUGACCCAGGCUGGACAUUUCACCCCAGAAGACGAGGCGGCAGUAGAGCAGCUCCAGGAGAUGUUUGGGGAGGAGGCGGUUCAGCACGUGAUUGUCCUCUUCACCCACAAAGAGGACUUGGGAGGGAUCUCCUUGCAAGAACAUGUCAACAGGUCCCACAACGAAGCUCUGCUGGGGCUGAUCCAGAAAUGUGGGAACCGAGUUUGUGCAUUCGACAACAACGCCCUUGAGGAAGAUCAGGAGGAGCAAGUCUCCGAAUUGAUGGAAAUGGUCCUGAAUAUGAUCCGGGAGAACAGAAGGCUUUACAGCAACAAGAGGCCGUACCUGGAAUCUUCCAUUAUGGAGGAAGCCUCAGGAUCCUUCGUAGCAGAAAGGAGGAGAGCCGAGAAAAGGGAAAGAGGAGUGCUGGAGAGGUUCAGCUGCAGGACGGCAUUUGCAGUCCUUGCCUUGGGUGCAUGUCUAGCUUUCCUGUAUUGCCUUAGCUAUCUCAUUUCUAACAGGGACUGAGAAAUAAUGGAAAGCCAAUUGGCUGCCUCCAUAUUAUAAGAAAACUAGCUCAACCCAGCUGUACUGGUACGGCUGUACCAGGAAUUCCAACUUCCUUUUCUUUCUUUGAGUAUUUGCAUGUAUUCCAAAGUUCCAUGCAUUUUGCAAUAAGGUGGCUUCCCUUGGUUUGCAGCCACCUGCCUAUCAUCGUUGGGUUUUUUAGUUCCGCCCCUUUCCCCAGGGUUCAGGAAGGAAAGGGAGCCAUUUUAGCUCAGUCUUACAGUUGAAAGCUUAGCUACAGGACGUGAAUCAGCUCCACCUGUAGAGAAGGUUCGUUUCUUACGAAAUUCCGGGGGGAAACAGUUCCAAAGGACUCCAGCUGGAGAAUCUACAAAGCCUUGACUGGUAGGUCUACUCAAGACCCAAGAAGCAGUUUGGAGCCGGGAGUAGAGCCCACACCAGCAAAGUUUAGAAAGUAGAUUGCCCAAGGAGGGGUUAAAAAGGGUUUUCCUCUUAAAGAAAAGAAACAGUUCACGAAGCCAGUUGCCUGUCCCUUGUGGACAAGAUUAAGAAUGUCAGGAUUAAUUUAGUUAUAUGUGUGUUUUUCAAUGUGCUUCUAUGUAAUUCCAAGAUGGAUUCUACUGUGUAUUAGAAAUGCUGUGCAGAAUGUUUAAUUUCAUGAGGCUGUGAUUAUGUAACCUUGAGAGAAGUGAGAGAAUGCUUGCUCUUACUGAGAACAGAAGGGAGUAACCAGUCUCAGCAAGAAGAGAGAUAAGCAGAUGUGAAGAGACUUUCGUGUUUGACUAGUUCCUGUUUGUAGCUCGCUGUAGAAAGACGUGUGUUUGAUGUACUUAGUAAAACUUAGUUUCUUUUGUAA